UGCCGGAUUUAUUAUUUGAGGUUAUAUUUUUAUAACCAAGGCUAAAAAAUGGCACAAAGUCGCUUAGAAAAGAUUGGGACUAUUUACACAAGAGUUACUGGGUUAAUUAAAUCUGGGGCUCUAAAAUGGGAAGAUCGCCCUCUCUGGUAUGACAUUUACGAGGCUUUUCCACCCAAAGAAGAACCCAAAUUUGAUCGUCCCGCGCCUAAUUUGCCACUGAAAAACAUCUUUUAUGAAGAAGAUAAAAUUAGAGCAGUGUUUCACAAAAAUAAUAAAAAUGUAGGGACCACAAAUUUUCUUGACAGUAAACACAAAACUAUAACGCAGAGGUUUAUCCAAAUAUACAAGACCGUCGAGGCUCAGUAUGACGGGACAGCCAGUGACAGUCAAAUUUACCAGGAAGCUAUAGAUUUACUCAAAAGAGACCAAGAAAGUAGAAAAGCUGAAGAUGAAAUUAGCUUAAGUAGUGCGUUUAAAGAAGCACAAGCGCAGGAGAGUCGCGACAAAGUUAAAAUAAACGUUAGUGAUAUAUUCAAAGAAUAAGUAUGUUCUGGUUAGAAAUAUAGGGUAAAUAAAUUGACUUUUAUUUGA